AUGAGACCAUCCCUCUCUCUAAAACUGCAUCUCGAAGGUGAACGGUUUGUUCUGGUUGAGCCUGCAAAGCCCAAGCUGUACACCGGUGUCGCAGUAGACGAAAAGGUCGAGCCAGAGACGAUAGGAGGGACUUGGUACCCGAGGCUCUUCCCACCAGGCACUAUCAUCCCGGAAGACCAAUACGUCGUAUUACACCUCCAUGGUGGAUCGUACAUACUGGGCACCGGCCGAACGGCCUCUUGUGGCUUUCUGGCCGAGAACAUUCUAUCUUACACAGCAGCCGCUUAUGUAUUCUCCCCUCAAUAUCGAUUAGCUGGUGACCCAAAAGGACGCUUUCCAGCACAACUCCAAGAUGCCAUUUCCGCUUACUCUUACCUGAUCCACACCCUGCAUAUUCCUGCAUCACGGAUUGUGCUUAGCGGCGACAGUUGCGGAGGGGACCUUGCAUUGGGACUACUACGAUAUAUUGUACAAUAUAACUGUACAUCUUUUCUACCAGCACCGAAGUGCGGUUGGGUCUUCUCGCCCUGGUGCAAUGUCCUAAAUGCCAAUAACACCAACGCCUGGGAAAAUUGCGCAAACUACAAAACCGAGUGUAUUCCUGCAUCAUUCCCUGCCUGGGGUGCGAAGCACUUUCUAGGUGACCUAGAGGUUACCAAGCCAGUUGAACAAUACGUGGCUCCUAUACGACAUCCUUUUCCUUUACCUUCACCUGUGUUGAUUGUCACUGGUGGUCGGGAGGUGCUAUGCCAGGAACAUCGAAAACUCGCCAAAGUGUUUAAGAACAUUCCGCAGAAUUUAUCUUCUGUUGCGUUUUUCGUGGAGGAGAAUGUGCCUCAUGACGUUUUGAUGGUUGGCUGGCUCUUGAAUUUUCGAAAAGAGGCGCGUCGGUGCUCAGAGGUAGCCGGGGAAUUUGUGAAAGGGCUACCGUCGGUAACAAUGGAAGCCUAG